CAAGCUGAUGACAACAAGGCCAUUCAUGGUGGAAUCACAAAUAAAAGCUAUGGAUCUCUCUACCGCUUGUCUUUUUUAAUCAAUUAAAGAAAAAAAUAGUUUUCAUGAAGUGCAGUCGAACAGGGACACACAGAAAGGGGGGAGCUGUGCCUCCACGCAGAAUGAUUGAGGGAGGCGGAGAGGAAACAGAGCGCUCCAUCAGAUCAAAUGAGGUGAAAAUAAUUCAGGCAUUAAUCAAAUGAGAACGAAAAGGAGGGUUUUUUCUUUUUUUUUUUUCUUCUUUUUUUCCUACGGAAGCUGAAAAGAGAAGGUGUGAAUGAAAAACGUGUGACUGCAAGAUAGAGGAAAAAAAAACAAGACGCUUUUCAAAUAAUGUCUCAUGGAAAUAUUGCUUUUUCGGCAGACCAGAAUGGAGCUAUUCCUGGUGAAGAAAUGAAGAAAGAUGAAAACGUACGACGUGGAAACUGGGGCAACCAGAUUGAAUUUGUUCUGACUAGUGUUGGCUAUGCGGUUGGACUUGGAAAUGUCUGGAGAUUUCCGUACCUCUGCUAUAGAAAUGGAGGAGGUGCAUUUAUGUUCCCAUACUUCAUCAUGUUGGUGUUCUGUGGGAUUCCUCUGUUUUUUCUGGAACUGUCCUUUGGUCAGUUUGCCAGUCUCGGCUGCCUUGGGGUCUGGAAGGUCAGCCCUGUUUUUAAAGGAGUUGGUUAUGGCAUGAUGGUUGUUUCCACAUAUAUUGGUAUUUAUUACAAUGUGGUGAUCUGCAUUGCUUUCUACUACUUCUUCAUGUCCAUGACGAACCUCCUGCCAUGGACAUACUGUAAUAAUGUAUGGAAUACACCAGACUGCAGUGGGGUGGUGGGGGGUGGAAAUUACUCCAAUGGAUCUUCUGCUGCUUUAAUGGCUAAUGUGUCUGAAAUGAUAAACCACACAGCAAAGAGGACUAGUCCAAGUGAGGAAUACUGGAAAUACUAUGUACUUAACAUUUCUGAUGACAUUGGAAACUUUGGAAAUGUAAGGCUUCCUAUUCUGGGCUGUCUUGCUUGCUCUUGGACUGUUGUCUUCCUCUGCCUUAUCAGAGGAGUCAAAUCUUCUGGAAAGGUGGUUUACUUUACAGCCACGUUCCCUUAUGUAGUCCUUACAAUCCUUUUUGUCCGUGGCAUCACACUGGAAGGAGCUAUAAAUGGUAUCAAGUACUACUUAACCCCUCAAUGGAGCAUAAUCCUGGAUGCCAAGGUGUGGGGAGAUGCUGCUUCCCAGAUUUUCUACUCUCUUGGCUGUGCUUGGGGGGGACUAAUCACUAUGGCAUCUUAUAACAAAUUCCACAAUAAUUGCUACAGAGACAGCAUUAUUAUAAGUGUGACAAACUGUGCAACUAGUGUCUAUGCUGGCUUUGUCAUCUUUUCCAUCCUGGGUUUCAUGGCACACCAUCUUGGGGUUGAUGUUUCUCAAGUGGCAGAUCAUGGGCCUGGGCUGGCCUUUGUAGCUUAUCCAGAAGCCUUGACCCUGCUCCCCAUCUCUCCUUUGUGGUCCCUUCUGUUUUUCUUCAUGUUAAUUCUUCUUGGACUUGGAACGCAGUUUUGCCUUUUGGAAACACUGGUUACAGCCAUUGUGGAUGAAAUUGGUAGUGAUUGGAUAAUCAAGAAUAAAACAUUUGUUACCCUUGGAGUUGCAGUUAUAGGUUUCUUGCUUGGCGUGCCACUAACUACACAGGCUGGGAUCUAUUGGUUAUUACUCAUGGAUAACUAUGCUGCCAGUUUCUCUCUUGUCGUUAUAUCCUGCAUUAUGUGUGUAGCCAUUAUGUAUAUAUAUGGAUAUCGCAAUUACUUCAAAGAUGUUGAGAUGAUGCUGGGCUUUCCUCCUCCGAUCUUUUUCCAAAUCUGCUGGAGAUUUGUUUCUCCCGUCAUCAUCUUUUUCAUUCUAGUGUUUACAGUUGUGCAGUAUAAGCCUAUUACGUACAAUGACUAUACCUAUCCUAACUGGGCUGUGGCUAUUGGAUUCCUUAUGGCUCUGUCCUCAGUCAUAUGCAUUCCAGGCUAUGCCCUUUUUAAAGUCUGUACGUCAGAAGGAGAAACAUUUUUGGAGCGCUUAAAAAAUGCUACUAAGCCAGAUAGCAACUGGGGACCUGCCCUUCAUGAGCACCGGACUGGACGCUAUACACCAAUGUUGAACACCGAUUUGGACUUGAGCAAAGAGGAUCAGUCCAUUCAUCCUAUAAAGAAGCCAGAGGAAAUAAGCCUCACCAUCCAGGGAAGCAAUGGCUCUGCACAUAAUCCUGGUGCCAAUGCAUAAAACCAGGUGGCUCAUGUAAAACAUUGUACACUCAGAACAGUGAAUAGAGACAUUCUUGGUGAAAAUGAACCCUUUACAUAUUGUAAAGGUCUAUUAUUUCUAAUCUGUAGAGAUUUGGUUGUCAGUUAAAUGUUUUCUGCAUAAUUUAAUAUUGCACAGUUCUUUAAAAAGAUUUUUUUUAUGCAUGAGGAACUAUUGCAUUAUAUCCACACUAUCUGUACAUAAUAUGAAAAGUGGGGCUGCAUUAUUUUCUGAUUUGUAUAAAAUCCAAAUGUACUACAGUAUCAUGCCUCAUCUGAUGGCAGUUUGUACAGUAGUAGGGUCAGGGAUUUUGAUAGUUGGAGAGCAGGAAUAUCAGAUUAAAAGCAGAAGCUUAACUCAGACGAGAAUGGAUAAGAUAUCUUGAUUUUGGUAAAUAUCUGAAUAUUUCAGUGUUAGUGUGACAAAACAUUUUAUAACUUUUUCUUUCCAUCAGCAAAACUUACCCACAAAGUAAAUGUGCAUUAGUUUGUGUUUUACAGAUUAUUUUACCAUUAUGAUAAAGUUGCAUAUUGUUGUUUGCUAUUUUGAACCCCAGUGGUGUUUAAUGCUUGAUAUUAUAAAACAAACUUCAACGUGACUAAAAAUGAUUAUUUUAAUGAAAUUAUACAUUCCUGUGUAUCAAAUAAUUUUUUGGUUAUAUAUAUAUAUAUAUAUAUGUAUAUAUAUGUAUAUAUAUUUACACCAACUUUUAUGCAGUAUUUGAUGCUGGCUUUCAAAAUAGCAAAUCAAAUAGUUUAAAGCACUUUUUGAAAUCUGCAUUUAUUGUCUUGGGUGUCAGGACAAAGUCUGCUUUUCAAAUCCCUAUUGCCAGGGAAGAGAAUAUCUUUGGCAUUGAUCGAAAGGAUAUAUAAAAAAAGAAAAACAAUGUAGGCAAGACUCAGGACAAAAAAAAAAAAAAAAAGGAAAUGUGAUGUCUUCCAGUAAGUCACUGUUAACUUGGUAUAUUGGAACUGUGGCUUUUUAUUGCAUUAAGAAGGAUGCCAGGUCAAGUUACAGGGAAAAUAACACUGCCACUUUAUCGUCCUGGUCAGAACUGUCUCAUACUCCUCUAAUUAUCAUCAUCAUUAUCAUAGUUCUAAUUUUUUUUUUUAGAUAUUUUUAACAAUACUUUUAAGGCGUACUGAGGCUGUAGGAGUUAUAGUUUAUUAGAGACAGUGCUUUAAAGUAUUAGAAGUAUUUUUUACUGGUGAUAAACUGUGCAUUAGAAUAAUUUUGUGUUCAAAGUUGCUAUCAGACAAGAACAUUGGUUCAAUUAAACAAAAAAGAAAAUACUUAUAAUGUUUUUAUGAAAAGGCAAAAGUUAACUUUUCUGAUGAAUCAUUCAUAAGUUAACAUGCUGAUUUGUUUGAUGGCAUACGUGAAAAAUUUAAUUCCAUAGGGAUUUCUAACCUAAAGGCAUGCUCAGAUUAUUAUAUUUUUCAUAUGAAUGGAUUUUAUUAGUAGUAAUGUAGUAACAAUAAUUUUUGAUUCUAUUACAAAGUACUGUGAAAAGUAGACCGAUUUCAGAAAAUGACAUUCUGCUAUGACUGAUGUUUAUUUCUGUAUGGAUUUUGUUGCCAAAUGCUUGAAUGUGUUUUAAGGGGCCAAACACAAAAUUGGGAUUUUCAGGAGGAUAGAGCUGCUUAAACAACAACACAGUAGAAAAGAUUUUUUUUGCCAAUGUAGCCGAGUCUCUUUCAUUAUUCUCUAGGUGGUAAUAGCAUUAUUAACCCAGCCCUGGCUUAGAACAUCACAUGCAUGUUCAGUUACUUGUUCAACCAUAUAUAUAUAUAUAUAUAUAUAUAUAUAUAUAUAUAUAUAUAUAUAUAUAUAUAUAUAUAUAUAUAUAUAUAUAUAUAUAUAUAUCUAUUGGUUCAUUUCUGAUUUCUUGUAUGACAAUGCUGAAAACUGAACUGACGUUUAACACUACAUGGACAGCUACAGUGUUCUUGUAACUGAAUCACAGCACAGUACGAGGAUAUGAGGUUAUGCACAAAUACUGUUAUUGAUAUAACAGCUUUUUUCUAAUUUAUGGUUAUGGGGAUAUUUAACAAAACUAAUUUGAAUUUCAAAAGAAUCUCUAUAAUUAUGUUUAUAGAUAUAUAUGUACUGUGUAUUUCUCCACCUAUUUAUCUAUCUUGAUUGAUAAUGAUACUCUAUGUAUUUUCAGAUUUACAAGGCAAUAACAUUUGUCAAUAUCUAAGAAACAACUGGCACUCAAGUAACCUGAGGCAUUGAUGGCAUUUAUUUGAUAGUUGAACUCUUUUAAGGCACAAGUGUAGAGCAAUAUGGUCCAGUUCAGCUUUAACUCAGACAGAAUGUGGCUUGUGUUUGUUGUGCUUUAAUGGACAGAUACAUAUGGUACAGUAUUUAGUACUGUAAAGGUGCUUUUGACAGAUUUGCACAAACAGUGAAGUGCUCAUUACACAAGUCUGCUGUGCGCAACGUAAUUCUGCAGCAGACUAGGAGCCUUCAUGGCAUAUUUUUUUAAAUCUCUUUGCAGACUAAUUAGUGCUUCCAAAAUUAAUGUGCUCCUUUUAUUUCUUUAAAGCAUAUUUCUCUGCAAUGAAUUACUAGUCACCAUUCAACAAUAAUUAAAUCUAAAAAGGUGUGUCUUGUGCAUCAGUGUCAUAAUUCAGACACUAUUAUUUGGUAUAUUAACAAACAUUUUCAUGUGCAUUUAUGUUAUAAAGGUACAAUUCAUAGUCAUCACUAUGCUAAGCAACCCUUCAGAAGAACACUGUGAAAGUGAAGACAAACAUCUAAAACAUUUCCAGGUCGAGUUGUUAUUGUACAAUUAAAGAACUUGAUGAAAAAUAGCAAUAACUGAAAGUUGUGGUAAAUUAACAUUAUAAUUUUUUAAAACAUGUAAGUAGUGUACUGCCAUGUGUGCAACAUGUUUACUGUAAAGGUGAAGAACUCUUUAGUUUUAGUAAUAUCUUCCUACUGUAGAUUACAUACCUUAUAGGACACAGUCUUCAAAUAUCAUUAUAAAGAUAUAAAGAUAAGCUAGCCAAGGCCUACUUUAGGGUUUCUAAGCAUUAUAUGCAGAUUAAAUGAUGCACAAUUUUGGAUUCGAAAGGGUUAAGUUAAUACACAUCGGUAAAGCUUACAUUAUUGUACUGUAUUGCUAAAAAAAAGGUACAAUAUUUGUGUUUUAUGCACAAUAUAAUAUAGUAAUAUGUAAAAUAUUGCAGAACUUUGCAUUAAUCUGCAUUUGUUCUGUGGCAAACUAAAAAAGUGACAUCAAUAGAAAUCCAAAUCAGUAUUUCUAAGAUAUAGAACAACCAAACCAUACUUAUUAAAAACAGUAAAAUAGUGAAAUAAUACCGUAUUUUAGGAAUCAGGCUUCAUUGGAAACACUCAUACAUGUACAUAUGUAAUUGUACUGUAAUGUAGAUUUCUCGCAGUGAAAAGUUGCAAAAUUAAUGAGACGCUUGGUACAGUGGAGUGAAAAAAAGUAAAACCAGAUAAACUCCUUAAAAACAUAGAAAGUUUGCACAAGCAUAGAUCUACUGAGGAGAGGCUCAGGAAGGUGAGGCAAGGCCUCUCUUGUACUGCUGCCUUCAGGUAGAGCACACAAAGUACUCUUCUGUUCUGCGGUAUUUACAACAGGAGACAUGAUAUUUGAAAACUGUAGUCUCUAAAUCCCUCUCUAGCUUUGUGAAGCACUAGGCUGACGAGCUUCUUUUAUUUCUGAUAUUUUCUCCUGCAUAAUGUAAUUUCAUACAUCAAGAAGCAGACACUCAGAAAUUACGUUGUACAUGGAUUGGACAUGA